ACAAAUCAUCAGCAUGACUCGCUUCCUUUUUUUUCCUUCUCUUAUUCUUUCACGUACCCUUCUUUCUUCCAGCCCUUCUCCAGCUUCCGUUCCGUCACGGUCACGUCCACCCACGCCUUUCGUCAAUCCUCUUACUCUGGGUGACCUGUCAAGUUCCCUUCUAUUCUUCUUGCCGUUUUAUUCAAUUUGGUUCUCCGCCUUCCCCGCGUGCGUCUCGUGCGUAUCCCACGCCAACCAUUCCGUCAUUCUAUCUGGUCCGACAAUAAAGUAGUAGUUUGCAUUUGCGUUUGCCUUUCGCAUCAGCAUCGGCAUCUACAUCGUCAACGCCAAAGACCAUCAGAAUCAUCGCCGUGGCGUAGUAGCAGUAUUCUCGUUCACCCUCGUCGCGACUUUUAUCACAACUUCUUCUACCCUAUCAUUACAGAUAGGCGAUUAAGCGAAUAGAAGUCUACCGAGAUACUCUUCUACCUAAUAUUCCCUACACACAUAGGUAGUGAUACCAAUAUCAAGAAUAGCCGUCGCCUCCAAACUCCCGCUAGACCAACCGGAUAAAUUUUUGAUAAAUCUAUUCAGUUGUCUGGUACGCCCAUUGCUACGCUAAGCUUCGGGUACGAGAGAAUCUCACGAACGACAAGAACAAUACAUCAACCAUCUUGCAAUCGCAUUCUUCUGUGACUUUGACUAGUCAUGGCGAGUCCGUUGCAGUUUGCUUAUCGAACCCAGAAGGCCAUCGGCGUCACUGACGCCGACCCUGUCUACGAGCCUCUCCCUGGAUUCGUUCAACCCGAAGGAAAUUUGAGGUGCUGUGUUUACUCGCCCUGCGGCCGAUACCUUGCCUGGGCGUCCAGCGAACGUGUCUGUAUCGUCGAUGCAUCAGUUGGCCAUGUUUUGACUAACAUAGCUCUCCCCAAUGUCUUCGAGGUCGCUUUCUCCCCACGCGGUUCAUUCCUAAGCACCUGGGAGCGGCCUGCAAAGGACGAAGCUGGUGAUGCGACAAAGAACUUCAAGAUCUGGCGAACCAUUGAAGACAUUCCCGAAGGGAUUGAGAAGCAACCCUUGGGGCAAUUUGUUCAAAAGUCACAGACGGGCUGGAACCUUCAAUAUACGUCGGACGAGAAAUUCUGUGCUCGCCUUGUUACCAACGAAGUCCAAUUCUAUGAUAGCAAUGACCUUACAACGGUCUGGAACAAGCUUCGAGUUGAGGGCGUUACUGAUUUUGCUAUUGCGCCUGGACAAAGCCACAACGUUGCGGUCUUUAUUCCUCUGAGGAAGGGCCAGCCCGCUGCUGUCAAGGUCUAUAACGUUCCUCAGUUUACGACACCGAUCUCACAGAAGACUUUCUUCAAGGGUGACAAGGUUCAGCUCAAGUGGAAUAGCUUGGGAACGAGCCUAAUUGUGCUGGCACAAACGGAUGUUGACAAGUCGAAUAAGAGCUACUACGGCGAAACAACCCUUUACCUUCUAAGUGCUGACGGCUCCCUCGACGCUCGCGUUACUUUAGAUAAGGAUGGCCCGAUUCAUGACGUCUCGUGGUCCCCGAACGGUAAGGAGUUCGGCGUUAUCUACGGUUAUAUGCCUCCGAAGACGACCAUAUUCAAUCACCGUGCCGUUGCUACUCAUUCGUUCCCCAUUGCACCCCGAAACACCAUCAUCUUUUCGCCAACCGGCCGCUUUGCCUUGGUUGCUGGUUUCGGUAAUCUGGCUGGUCAAAUCGAUGUUUACGAUCUGGAGAAAGACUACCGCAAGGUCUGUACUAUCGAGAGCGGCAAUCCUAGUGUGUGCCAAUGGAGUCCCGAUAGCAGAUAUAUCAUGACAGCAACCACAUCUCCUCGCCUCCGCGUUGAUAAUGGUGUGAAGCUCUGGCAUGUCGGAGGAGGCAUCAUGUAUCAUGAAGACAUGGUGGAGCUCUACAACGUUACCUGGAGACCGGUUCUUCCGGAAAACUUGCCUUGUUUCGAUCCUUUACACCCAAUUCCGACCCCGCAUUCUUCGGCGAUCGCAUAUCUAGGAACCGUCAAGACGCCCUCGAAGCCUGUAGGUGCUUAUCGCCCUCCUGGUGCCCGAGGAAUGUCCACCCCGCUUCAUUUCAGGCGCGAGGAUGAAGGGGGCGCUGCCCAUGUCAUGGGCAACGGUGCUCAGAACAUAGGUCCGAAUGGGUUUGGGAGAUCGCGCCGCCAGAUUCCGGGUGCAGAGUUCCUCGAAUCAGGUUCCCGUGCCGUUCCCGGUGCUCCGGCGGAGGCGCCCGGCGUCAAUGGCGACGAGAAUCUUUCGAAGGCAGCACUCAAGAACAAGAAGAAGCGGAAUAAUAAGAAGGCCAAGGAUGCUGAGAACAAGGACGGAUUGAACAAUGCGGGUGGUUUGGCUCCCCCGGCUCGGGACCAAGGUCUGGGAUCUGGAAAUGAGGGACGUAGCCCCGAGCGUCGCGGGAACCAGCACAACCAGCAGAGACACAAUCGCAGUCGCUCGCGACACAACUUCCAAGGUGGCAACCAAGGACGCCAUCGCAGCAACACUCAGCAGAACGGACAGAAUGGACACUACGGACAGGGAGCGCCUGUCGCACCGCAGAUCCAGACUUCCCAGGCCCCUGCUCCGGACUCUUUGAUCUCACCGGGUAGCCAGAAUCCCGCGUCCAAGAAACUGCGCAGCUUGCAGAAAAAGAUUCGCGCCAUCGAAGACCUCGAGAUGCGACACGCCGGCGGCGAGAAGCUGGAGGACACGCAGAUGAAGAAGAUCGCCACGAAGGCCACCGUGGUCAAGGAGUUGGAAGCCUUGGAGAAGGAGGCUCGUUGAAUUCUCUAGCAUUCAUAUAGAAGAUUAUGGGGGUGCAUUAACUCAAACAUCGAUAUGUCAGGCCCGGUUCUGGGUAGUCCGGUUACGGGAUUUUCCGGUGGCGGGGCCUUGGACUAGAGGCACUGGUAUCAUGGCUUUGCAAACCGGCGUUAAAGUGGACGAAAAAAUGAAUAUUCAAGGAAGGGCACGCUGUUUUUUCCCGAUGCCCGGAAAGGGGAUGUGGGGAUGUAGAUGUCAAGGUAGAGGUAUGGUUACUGCCUUCCUGAGACAAGGGGGGGUGAUAAACAACUAAUACAAACUUGAUCCUGAAGAGGAUAUUCAAGUACCAAAUCUCGCCGUGUCAUGCUGCAGUGCCGGAUCUGAGAUCAGAUCCUGUGAAUGAAGAUAAAGUGGUAAUUAAAAUAGCCUUUUUUAUAAGGGGCUUACGAUGAAUAGAUGUUGAUGUUCUCGUG